AUGGCUCAGUUGGUAGUAGCACCCAUGUAUUGUCUGAGAGACACAGGCUCAAAUAUGGCAUCAUGGCUCCGUUGUUCCUGUAAGUCACUUUGCAAACCAUUCCUUGUUGACAAUGUCCAAGUGGGUUAUAUUUCACCAAAAGUUGCCAGUUAUUUAAAGUCUUAUGGUGACAUAUUUGUGAUGGUUCCAGGAACUAGUGGUGAAAUUAGUCAUGUUACUUUGGCUCCAGAACUUAAGACUUUUACAGAACGAAGUCAAAAGGUUGCUGAGGUUAUGAACAGUCUGAGAUUAAAAGAUGUGUUCAGCACUUUAAGAGGGUGGAGAAAUGAGAUGUACCCUGUAAUGGCUUCCUUUGAUACCAAACCAAGCUUUAUGAUGGAGAGGUCAGCAACUUGUUUGCUUGGAACUGUGCAGUAUGGUGUUCAUGUAAAUGGAUAUUUCGUUGAUGAAAAUGGGAAAAUGUUAAUGUGGAUAGCAAGAAGAAGUUCUACAAAACAAACCUGGCCUAGCAAACUUGAUCAGAUUGUGGCAGGAGGUAUAACCUGUGGUGAAGGAAUUCAGGAGACACUGAUAAGGGAAUGUGCUGAGGAAGCAUCGAUACCAGAAGAACUUUCAAAAGCAGCUUCCUCAGCUGGUUGUGUCAGCUACUUCUUUGAAGAUGAGAGAGGAUUGUUUCCUGAAGUCCAGUUUGUUUGUGAUUUGAAACUCCCUCGUGACUUUCAACCAAUCAACAGUGAUGGGGAAGUUAGUGAAUUUUAUUGCUGGCCUAUGGAAAAGGUGAAGGAAAAAAUAGCAACAGAUGAAUUUAAGCCUAACUGCGCUCUUGUAGUUCUUGACUUUAUGGUCCGUCAUGGCUUUGUUACACCAGACUGUGAACCUCAUUUUGUUGACUUUGUUGUUGGAUCUCACAGCAGUCUUCUCUAACAGGCAAAAAAUGAAGGAACAUGUAAAAGGGAACCAUAUUUGUAAUGAAGGCACCCCCAAGUGUACAUACACAAGGAAAAUAGGAGAAAUGGCAAGGAAAGUAACACUGGAGUCUUUUUCCUAAUAAUAACAAUCCAUUGACAAUCUCAGUGUAUACUUGACUGUAUUUUAUGAAAGAAAGUUGACUUCAGUCCUCACUCUUCAGUACAGUGAUUUCAAAAGUGUGCCACAAGAGCUCUUUUGUACUGAGUUUGCAACAAGCAAUCAGUUUAGCCAGAGGUGAUCAUGUUUUGGUGUUCAAUAAAGGAAUUGUAACUCUAAGAACAAAUUUCCAUAGUUGCUUUUGUCUCAUAACAAAGUUAUUAAAUAUAAGUAUAUAUUAAAUAUAAGUACAAGAAGUAGCCACUUCUUGUACAGGACCAUGAGGUCCUCAAUCCUUCCCAGCCCAUAAGGCACCUAGAAUGUCUUGGUCAGUGCUAUACUCAAAAGCCAGUUACUAUUACCCUUAACAAUGACUCUUUUGAAUGUAACUGGGGUUUACUUGAGAUAUUUUAUUUAAUGGUUUAAUUUAAUGAUAAUAGUAACUCAGAAUAACCAUUAGUUAUAAUACUUGAGAGUAAUUUUAAUUUUCUGUAAGGCUCAACCUUCCAAGAAGGUAAAAAAAAAUAUUUGAGUAACAAUAAAUGUACUAAUUUGUCUCUACUUCAAGACAAUAACCAGGUAACACAAAUUCAAUGAAAUAACUGUAUACAAAGAGCCAAAAUUUCUCUGUGUAGAAAAAUAGUUCACUUUUUCUGUACUUCUAUAGUGGUAAUGUAAAAUAAUCAAAUUAAGUGAUCUGUUCUUCCUUGAGCAUGGCACUUAUAAAAAACAGUAGCUUUUUGGUACCAAUUCGAAGCAGUUGGCGGGCUUGAAGGUGGAUGCUUUAUUUUACAUAGAGCAUUUAUUCUUCCUUGCAACCUAACAAAUGAUCACAGAGUGAAAAGCUAAGCAUGAAAGAUGGAUGCACUCAUUUGUGACACAACACCAAGGCAUGCACAUUUUCAUUUUCUCACAAGUUGGGACGUUUUUGCUUUAAUUUGUCCUUGUGGGGUUUAUGUCCAUCUUUACUGGAUUUUUUCUCAUCCUUGCUUGGCCUUUUUUUGUAUCUUUCCUUCUGUACUAGCUUCCGACUUUUUUCCUUUUUUUUGGUUUUAUAGGUUUCUAUUCAUAAAAAGAAAAUAGAGAUGUAUAUUAUUAAAACAGAAACUACACUAAGAAUAGCAUUUAGCAUCUACUGCAACUUUAAACAAGUGCACAGACUUGGUGCCAACAGUUUUGAGGAAUGAACUGUUCUCAUCAAGGUGUUGCAAAGUUGAAAAUUUGUGGCACAUUUUUGACAAGCUAACUUUCUAGUGAUGUAUGUUGUACCACACUUAGGUAUUACCAAUCUAUACCUGUUUUUCUGGAUUUCUUUUUCUUUGGUUCCAGUGUACUUGCUAAUACAUUGUGUAGAAACCUCUUGUUGGUUACUGGAAGAGGGCAUCUCUGCCUUACAGACACAUGAAAAAAGUAAACUUGAUUUAU